CACAACUUCAAAUGGCAGCAGUGUUGCGGCAAUGCGCUCACUUGUAAGCCCAAUUUAAGCUGCCUUUCUUUCUUUCACGAGUCCUGGUUCCUGUUCAUGAAUGAAGUAGAUGGCGGUCACAAGCGGUCAACGAACCCCCCGAGCUCCUGAUCCAGUCCAUGUUCUGCGGGGCCACCGCACAGACGUCACGGCUGUGGCAUUUGCUGCUCAGUCGAACCUUCUGCUCUCAGGAGAUGCUGAUGGGGAAGUGAAAGUGUGGGACCUGGGCGUGCGCAGAGCCGUGUCAUCUGUCAGGGCCCACACAGCCAGCGCUGGUGUCAUCGGGUUAGCUGCAAGCAGGCUCAACCCCUCCAAGUUUGUCAGUCAAGGCCGCGACGGCGUCGUGAAAGUAUGGGCUGUCUCGGAGGCUGCCCUUGCAAGGCAACCCCUGCUGGUAAUCGAGACUGGCUCCUACAACUUCUGCAAGCUCUCCCUGGCCGAAGCUCAACACCUCCCGUCACCAAUUGAAGCACGUUUUCCCGAGAGUCCGUUACAGCCCUCUGAGGCGGAACCCUCAAGGGAUGUGCAGAGAUCUAUGGAGAGUCGAGAGGCAGCAGGGACAAGUGGGAGGGGGUUAGGUUGUGAAUCGGACGCGGGCCGGCUGCAGAAACUGGAAAGCUUUGAGAGCAAACAGAGCGCUACAGACGAAAGCCAGCUGAGAGGAGACAAUGAUGCCCUAGGGGAAGAUGAAGCAGAAGGGGGUGGUGGUAAUUCGCGGGAUUCUUUAGGGGAAGCGAGCAGAGGGAUCCCCCACGAGAGGAGAGGGCUUUCUGCAGCGAUGGGAGGCCAGAGCUCGGGGCUCGCCGCAGGGCUGCAAUCGGACGGCCAGGGAAGCACGGCGGCAGGUGCUCGGAGUACGGAAGAGGGAACCGGCGAGCGGGCUCUAGAGACAGGUGCCUAUCCGGUGGCGGCCGAUGCGGCGCAGCAGCUAGUGGCCGUCGCGGGAGGGGACCCGUCAACGAUCGAGAUCUGGGACCUUCGCACUGGCCACCAGGAGCAACGACUCGAGCAGCCCAGGAGUGAGGGCCCUGCGGGAGGUCUUCAAACGGACACGCCCUCUGCCGGUAUGUGCAUGUCCGUCCAACUCCUGCUCCAACCCGAGUCGGCGCCCUCCCCAGUAGCCGUCGGUGGGUACGAAGACGGAACCGUGAUGGCGUGGGACCUUCGCUCACCCGCCGUGCCCUGCAUCCGGCAGCGCUUGCACUCAGAGCCAGUGCUGAGCCUGGCGGUGGACCGAACGGGCUGUGGCGGCAUCUCGGGGUCCGCUGAUGACAAAGUCGUCUUCUUCAACCUACGGUAUGCCGAGGGCCGGGGCUGUGUGGCCAAGGAACUUCCCCUAGGGCGGCCCGGCAUCGGCGACAUCGCACUCAGAGAGGACCAGCGGAUCGUCGCCACCGCCGGCUGGGACCACAGGGUUCGCAUCUUCGACUGCAAGCGUCGCACUCCCCUCGGGGUGCUUCGCUACCACUCAGCAGCGGUUACGUCGGUCGCCUUCUCCCCGGGUGGCCAGUUGCUGGCAUCCGCAAGCAGAGACGCAGCCAUCGCUCUCUGGUCGAUCUACCCCCCCAAAACUGGCGGAUAGCCUCGAAAUGAACCAUGACAAAAGGCUCUUUCAGCUCAUCCAAAGCAAUAGUCGGUCAUUGCCCCGUGGAUACAUACCACAAUCAAUUCUUCAUCCACGAACCCGCUUGAUCCUUAAUGCAACGGACUCUCAGGCUUGUAUGUAACCGUGCAGCUGAGACUAGGCUACUUUAUGGGUCAGUGAGCACCGGCACAAAGCGGAUUUUAACAUGUGUGUGGG